AUGGCAGCUAUUGGUGAACAGAUGAACCGCGAACUCGUGGCGGUGUCUUUUGAAUCCUUCAUCAAGCACUAUGCUCCUUUCCAACCCUCCAGUGAGGUCGUCGAUAAAUGUCUCGAGCGAUUACGCACAGAUGGCCUCGUCGUGCCUACGACGGCAGGGGUGGAUCGGUUCGCCGGAUUCCAGGAGCCGCCAUCGCGACAGUAUACAUCGAAGAAGGUUGCAUAUGGUCACCUGUCCGCUAUAUGCCGUAGCAUCUCUCAGGUCGCCGUGGACGGCAGAGUGGUCAGUUGUUCCUUGGUUCAAGAACCCGACACCACGACCGGUUCGCAAAACCCGGAGGCGUCUCACGCGAUAGAUGGGUAUUGCAAGCCUGUCACGUCGACGGUGCCACCGCCAAACUCCCCCGAGGAGGAAAGGGAGGAUACUGCUGAUAUUGCCGUCAAUUGUGAAUGGAUGCUGCCGGAGAGCGACGAUGAUCCCGUACUACGUCACGGUGAUGUCAUUCAUAGUCGUUUGAACGCAGUGUCCGCUGCUCUUCACGAGAUGAAUAAUGACCCUCGACGGACGCAUAUGUACAGUACAACCAUCGAAGACGAAGCGAUGUGUCUUUGGUACUGGUCACGGUCCCAUUCAGCAAAGUCGGAAGCAGUCGAUAUCACACAAAAUGUACGUGCGACUGUACACGGCCUCGUUUCCUUCUUAUUCGCAAACAUGGUCGAGCUUGGCUAUGACGAGAACAUCCAACGUCGCCUCGACCCGAAGGACGGACGCUGUUAUUACGUCUUCCGCGUCGGAGACCGUUACUUCAAGUCGUGCCGAUGCAUCUUCGAGCAUCGGAAUACUUGCAUCUCGGGGCGCUCUACCCGGGUCUUCAAGGUCGUCCAGGUCCCUAGUUUCGACGACAUCACGGAGGAAGCAACAGCAUCGCCUAUGGUCUUGAAAGACGUAUGGCUUGACACUGGGGCGAAAACCGAGAAGGAGAUCCAGGACGCCAUCUUCGCACGACUCGAUACAGUGGCGCGCAAGCUACAGGAUGGUCAAGAUCUCCCUCAUUUUGCCGGUUUGGAGGACGCCGAGAAGAGCCUCCUCCGUGACGCUCUCCGCGACGGGAAUUACAAGCAGCACUUCCUGACCAUCGAUUGCGACACACGAGGGGCGCUGUCGAAGUCACUUCUCCAGGAUUCACGUCGCCCCGGAAACCUCUUCUCUCCCCGGGCAAGUGAAGCAGUGCCUGCCAAGUUUGCGAUCGGGGAUACUAGUCGUUCGCAGCUACGUCUCCCACCGGAUCCUCCCAUACAGUGCCCUUUCCCCCCACGAUCCUUCCUCGCCAAGUAUCAGUAUCGCGUCGUGUUCAAUAACAAUGACUGCCUUCUUGCGGUUCAGCUUCUGUUCCUUGCCGGCUGGGUCCACCGCGACAUCAGCUCCGGAAACUUGCUCUGGGAUCCCAAGUCAAAGAGAGGCAUCCUGAGCGACCUCGAAUAUGCCAAGGAGUUCAACGCUGAAGGCACUGGCAGUUCUGACCCGAAGACUGGCACUCCGGCGUUCAUGGCGACAGAAAUCAUAAGCCAAAGGCUCAUCCUGUUCUCCAAUCCCGACCUCAGCUCAGAGGAUCAGAUGAACGCUCUGCUUAAGCCCAUCAUCCACAACUUUCAGCACGACCUCGAGUCCUUCUUCUGGCUCCUCCUCUGGAUACUCACUACACGCAUCUCCACGUGCACCCCCCCACCUGAAGUCCUAUACGGAUCGGCUGUUCCUAGUCGAUGGACUUCUCGACCAGACGCACAGAGUCACACCGUUUCGAGAGAGGACGAUCGGCUCUGA